AUGUCAUCAGAAACUAGCUCCAACGAAGAAGACCGUGUCUCAAGUGCAGCAUCCUACUCGGAAUUGCCAAUCGACCCAAAGUUAGAAAUUCGGAUCCUCGAACUACUUCCGCCAGCCUCGCCCGACCCCACAGAAAUCCAUUGCAACUUAACGACGGCGAGACUAGCAGACGAGCCCUCAUACGAAGCUUUAUCAUACGCAUGGGGAGAUCCUAUCUUCCCUGAGGAAAUCUACCUGCCCACGGGCUACCUUGCGAUCACGAGCAACCUUGCGGCAGCCUUACGGCAGCCUUGGCUUCCGAACCGGCCACGGAGGCUCUGGGUUGAUGCUGUGUGUAUCAAUCAGAUAGACGACAAUGAGAAAGGCCAUCAAGUGAUGCUCAUGGCGCAAAUAUUCAGUGCGACGACUCGCGCAGUUGGGUGGUUGGGUGAGGGAAAUGCUGAAACGGAAGCCGCAAUCGACAUUAUCAAGGAACUCGCAUCAAAAGCGUGGCGAUUCGGGAUUUAUGAAUCCAAAAUAAGCCUAGAGGUUACAGACCAACUUGACGUCCAGGCCCUCAACGCUUUUUUAAGCCAGCCUUGGUUUUCACGCCUCUGGGUUGUGCAAGAAGCUUGCCUUCCAUCUAAGAUGAUACUAUGCAAUGGAUCAAACACGCUGGAUUGGAACGAUCUCUUGGCUACUAGCACCAUUAUUUUAAAAUGCGUGACCAGCACUAAGUCUUUCCUGGGGGGAGAGUUUGAUCCCAAUUUUGAAGGAGUUGCUCUACUUGCUGCAACUCGGCAAGAGUUUGCCUUGGCCAAGUCUGGAAGAAGAACAAAUGCAAAAUCCGGGGAUUUGCAUGCGAUGGUGCAUUUGCACCGGGACAGGGCAUGCUCUAAUCCUGUGGACAAAAUUUACGGACUGUUAGGCUUGAAAAAAGCCGAUGAGCUUAUCGAAGUCGUCGUCGACUAUGGUAGAAGUACCGAGGAGGUGUAUCAGGCCUUCGCUUUGGCGUAUCUUCAG